GUCAGAAGACAGCAUCUGUCAAAGCCCACAUUUAAACUGCUGCCUGCCUGUGCAGCAGCUGAAGAACUAUGGAAUGGAUUUUAUAGACCAAAACCCUUAGUUCAAAUUGCUCAAAACCUUUUUAGUUACUGCCUAGCAACAAAAGGUGGAAGGACGGAAGAAGUAAACCACAUUAUUGAAUGCAACAACCACUACACUCUAGCACUUGCUGCUUCACCUUAAUCGCUACAAAUAUGGAUACUGAGAAGAGAAUACAGCACUGCAUUGUCCAACAAGGGAAAUGCCAGAUGUAAAAGCUUCAAUGCAUCAAUUGUCAGGAGCAGACAACCCUCCUCGGAACACAAGCAAGAGCUACUGUUCUUUUGUUUGAAAGAUGAACAAAAGACCCCAAGAAAUGGACACUUAUAAGCAAAGAAGGUAACAGCAACGAGCAGACAGAUGGACAGACUGGGUACUGUGAAAAGCAAUCGCAGGAAGCAGACGUUUGGGGGAUGUGCGCAUGUUCGAUAGCAUCUUUUUUGCUGAAGCGAUGCGUGCCAAAACUAUUUUCAGUGGCAAUAAUCCUCUCAACAUAAAUGGCCUAACCAAGGAAGCAGAGUGACCCAUUUGCAGAGAAUUACCCAAUGUGAAUACAAGAGAAGAUGAAUACCAAAGAAUAGCAGUGGAUUCAGAAGGAAAGGAAAAAGCAUUUUCUUCAACCAUUAUCUCACAUCCCAUUGUUGGAUACGUACAACAUGCUUCAGUGGAGAAGACGACACUGCUGUUUUGCAAAAAUGACGUGGAAUACCAAAAGGUCUCUGUUUCGCACCCAUCUUAUUGGUCUGCUUUCUCUCGUGUUUCUUUUUGCUAUGUUUCUGUUCUUUAAUCAUCAUGACUGGCUGCCAGGCAAGGCUGGAUUCAAAGAAAAUCCUGUGGCUUACACUAUUCGAGGAUUUAAGUCUACAAAAAGUGAGACAAACCACAGUUCUCUGAGGAACAUUUGGAAGGAUACAGUCCCUCAGACUCUUAGGCCUCAGACAGUCACUAAUUCCAACAACACUGACCUUUCACCACAAGGAGUAACUGGUUUAGAGAAUACACUUAGUGCCAAUGGAAGUAUUUACAAUGAGAAAGGUACUGGACACCUAACUUCAUAUCAUUUUAAGUAUAUAAUAAAUGAGCCGGAAAAAUGCCAGGAGAAAAGUCCUUUUCUAAUACUACUCAUAGCUGCAGAACCAGGCCAAGUGGAAGCUAGACAAGCUAUUCGGCAAACGUGGGGUAAUGAAAGCAUGGCACCAGGUAUCCAAAUUGUUCGAAUUUUUUUGCUGGGCUUAAGCAUUAAACUAAAUGGAUACCUCCAACGUGCCAUACUGGAGGAAAGCAGACAAUACCAUGACGUUAUUCAACAAGAAUAUUUAGACACUUAUUAUAACUUAACCAUUAAAACUCUUAUGGGGAUGAACUGGGUUGCCACCUACUGUCCAAAUGUUCCCUAUGUUAUGAAAACGGACAGUGAUAUGUUUGUCAAUACUGAGUAUUUAAUACAUAAGCUUCUGAAGCCAGAACUGCCUCCAAGGCACAAGUAUUUUACAGGUUACCUAAUGAGAGGGUAUGCACCUAAUAGGAACAAGGAUAGCAAGUGGUAUAUGCCACCUGAUCUGUAUCCAAGUGAGCGUUACCCUGUAUUCUGCUCAGGAACUGGUUAUGUUUUUUCUGGAGAUUUGGCAGAAAAGGUAUUUAAAGUCUCUUUAAGCAUCAGACGCUUGCACUUAGAGGAUGUGUAUGUGGGCAUCUGUCUUGCCAAGUUGCGAAUUGACCCUAUGCCCCCACCCAAUGAGUUCGUCUUCAAUCACUGGCGAGUUUCUUAUUCCAGCUGUAAAUAUAGCCACCUAAUUACCUCCCAUCAGUUCCAGCCUAGUGAACUGAUCAAAUACUGGAACCACUUACAACAAAAUAAGCACAAUGCCUGUGCCAAUGCAGCAAAAGAAAAAUCUGGCAGGUAUCGCCAUCGUAAACUGCAUUAAAAAGGACAAUAUUCCCUCUAUAAAAGUAUCCCAUGUGCAAUUUGUAAAUAUUGCUGAAAGCAUGUACAGUGAAAACAGAUGAGUUUAAUGGGACAGUCUUUAGUUAAGCCCUCAUAUAAUGGAGUUUGAAAAUUAUUUUUUUAAUUUUAGAAGAGUAUAAUUCUUGAAGAUAGUAAUAUUAUGAAACUAUAACCAAAAGGGUUUCCAAACAAAUUUGAGGAAAAAGAUGGUAUACAAGGAUUUUUCUGUGUUAAUGUGCAAUAAUAAGCAUGAACACUUUGGUGGUACAAUUGAUAUUUUAUGUGCCAAUAAAAUAUAAUUGAGCAUAUUUUCCACACUUUUUUUUAAAUGCACAUACUGCUCUAAUUCAAAAAAUUCUUUCCUCUUCAGCCAUUAAUGAUUUCAUUCCGUUGUCUAGAACUGUUGUAAAUAAAACUAUCCAUGUUAAGUUAAGGACAUUUUGUAAUUUUAGAAAGUUUUCUUCCCUAACUUCAGAACCAUAUUAAAAAGUGAUUACACAGCUGUUUCACAGGCAAUCUGAGUUUAGUAAUGUGACAUUUACAAUUUGAGAAGAAACUAUCAAUGAAUUUUAAAGCACUGAGCACAUACUUUACUACAGUAAGACAAACAAAACUCGAAGUUUAGAAGGCUGCUAUUUUGUGGUGUGACAGCUUGUGAACUGAGUUUUAGAUUAAAAUUUAAAUUGAGAAAUCACUGAAGGUUAUUUCAAACUCUGAAUUAUAUUCGGAGGAUAACACCAUAAUCUCGGUGUCAAAGAGCAUCCUCUUCUAAUAUACUACUCACCAUGCAAGUCCAUUAUAUCUGCUAUUGCAUUCACUUUCUUUGAGGUAGUUAAAGAUACAUGAAAAAUGCAAAACUCAAAACCUUUGAUCUGGUCUCAAAAAUGGUCCAAUUUGGGGGGGGAGGGGGGCGCACAGACUGCAGUUCCCCUCCCCUCUCAAAAAUACUAUUAACUAAGUGAAAUUGUCGCUUGAGCAAAGUAAGCCAAAAAUCUUUUUUCACAAAGGUGAUAUGGAAGUGAUAAUUUAGCAAAACUUAUAUUUCUGGAUAAUAAGAUGGUUUAAAAAAAAUAAAAUAAAAAAACCACAAGUGCGAUGAAAGUCACUCCUGUGUUCCACUGAAAGUGAAAGGUAAAAAUAUAGAUUUAUAGGUUUUCACUCUACCAAUGCACAUAUUUAGAAAGCUCAUUUCCCAAUAGGUUGCUGCCUCCUAAUACUAGAUAUUCUAAGUCACUGUUUGUUGUCACAGUGCCAGGUUUACAGCCAUAUACCUUUGCUUUAGUAGAAAACCGUCCUGCAACCUCCAAUAGUACCUUUACUGAGCAAAAAAAAAAAAAAAUGCUUGAUACAUUUUGGUAAUAGUUAUAUUAUUUGAUUCACUUUUAUUUAUUUUAAUAAAAACAGACUAUAUCUACGGUCACUCAAACCUUCCUUUACAGGGAGGUUACUCAGAAGGUAAUGGUUAGUCAGCUUCUGCAUUUUUUAAGAUUUCUCUGGUUUCCCCUAACCUUUAUUGCAGUGGGUUUUCAAACUAUGUUAGGCACAGAGACUGUAUUGAUAUUUUUGGUUGCUCUUCAGGUAAUAAUGGAAAGACAUCAUGAGUCCAUACAGACACUGUUUACUCUUAGCCACCUUUGAUAUGAUUGACCACAAGUCAAGUACUAAUAGGUAUGAACAAGCUGCAUUACAGUAGUUGUGUUUUUUCCCCUCCCAUGAAACCCUGAGCUCUUUGGUAACAUGAGCAAUUUGAUUUUAGAGGUCUCUCUCGCCACCUUUCUGUAUUUAAUUUAACUACUCAGAUGGUACCACAACCACAGUGUAUGAGCAUCUUCAAAAUAUUAAACAGAACAAUCUCUCUUCUUCCCAGGCCUGUAGGAAAAAUUGCUUGACUAGUUUAUGAUAUUUGCAUGAGAGAGUGGAUAUGUUGCUUGGAUUAAGCAAAAGCUGCACUGAAGAAAUAAAUCUUAUUUGUUCUGAAAAUGACGACGUCCAUAGCCAUUCCCUCUUCCUGUACAUGAAGGUGACUGAGGGAAACAAACUUUGGGGCUGUUGCUUUACCACUGUGCUGAUACCCAUUUUUGGUCUUCCUUCAAAUUCAGAUCCAACAGUUUGCUUUCCAGUUGAUACUUGUCAGAGAUAGCAUUCUGGAUGAAAGCUAGACAAGAUGGAAAUAAUGCUGCUGGUUAUUGGGAAGACAUCUGGAGAGAUGGUUGGGGGCAGAAUGUUCAAGGAACUGCAUACAUCCUUAAUGGAGUGAUUAUGUGAUAUGCUAUCAUGGGUUCAUAAUGUAUUCAGCACUGGUCCCUGAUGUUCAGUCAAGAGCUAUGGCUCAAGAUGCCUUCCCCAAUCAACAGCUGACCCAAAGAAUACAGCCCUUCCUCUCUGAGUAGGGCCUCAAUACUUAACCAUACCUUUGGCACUUCCAGGCUGGACCACUGUAAUAUACUUUUUAUUUGAGUUAUUCAGAAGUUUCAGCUAGUCCAGAAUAUUGUUUAACAAGUGUGAACAAGACAUACACAGCACAUAACGCAUCUCUGUACUGGAAUUCUGCUUGCUGAAGGGUUAAAUCCAAGGGGUUAAUAGCUAAACUCUAUGUGGCUUGACACUUGAACUCUAGGAUUUGGCAGUAAGGUAUCCUCUAACAGACUCAUCUUUGGAACUUGUUCCUCCUUAAAGUCUGCCCAAGUUCAGCAGUUUAGGACAGGUUGCAACAUCCAUCAGUUUAGUCUGACACUAACUGGCAGAGGAUUUGUUAGUGAUCAGGUGGGGAGAGAGAGAGGCUUACUUUUAUAAGCCAUAUUGAGAGUCCAUCAUAGUUUUUAAAAAAUUUUAUUAGUGCCUAUAUGUAACUUGAAGGCACUUUAUAAAUACAAAAAUGAAUAUUUGGACUAUAAAC